CUGUUACCGAGUCCCGACUCUUCCUCCACUGUCUUCUUGGGAAACGGGCAGAAGAGUUCUCCUCCUUGCGGUUUCGAAAAAGGUCUCAUCUUCGUCCUCCCAACACCAAACCCGCCCCCAGCCACCAUCUCGAUACUGCUUCCGCCAUGGUUCAGAUCAAGGAAUUCCGAAUCAUCAUGCCUAUGUCGAUGGAGGAGUAUGAGAUAGGGCUCAGCUACACCAUCAUCAAGAUGGAGCAGCACAACACAAAUGGCAAGGAGGGCGUGGAAGUGCUGCAGCAGGUCCCUUUUGAGGAUGAGAAACUGGGCGAGGGCCAAUUCACCUCGAAAGUUUAUCAUUUGCAGAGCAAAAUUCCAUCUUGGAUGAAGGGCUUUGCAUCCGCGAGUUCUCUGGCUGUGCAUGAGGACUCGUGGUCCGCGUAUCCAAAGAGCAGAACAGUGAUCAAGUGCCCGCUUUUUAGCAAGUGUUCACUGACGAUUGACACUGUGAUAAGACCUGACAACGGCUCCUCUGAAAAUGCGCACAAUCUAAACAGCCAGCAGCUAGCUGCAAGAGAGGUGGAGAUCGUCGACAUCGCGUCAGUAUCGCGGGACUACUGGAGCAAGGUGAUCACUGCUCCAAAAGUCGACCUCACAACUUUCAAGUCCCAACGGACGGACCGAGGCCCUCUUUUGAAUGGGUGGAUGGAUUCAUGCCGUCCCGUGAUGACCAUAUACAAGCUGGUGGUCAUGGAUGCUCCCAUCUGGGGCCUGGGCGAACGGCUCGAAGACUGCCUCAUCGCGGGGGAGAGGGCGCUGUUUCUGGCGUGCCACCGGCUGUGCUUCGCGUGGAUAGACGAGUGGUACGGCAUGACCAUGGAGCAGAUCCGGGAGAUGGAGAGGCACACGGACCUACUCCUCAAGAAGACACUGAAAAAGGCUGCAAAACCUGGGAGCAAGCACGAGGGCAAGAGGAAGUCCCUCAAAGACGAAAUCGCCGUCGUGGGGAGCUGCACAUACUGCUGGUUCCGUGAGAUGGUCCGUCUAUUUCACUGUCCCAGUUAGCUGAAUUCCCAAACCAGGACGUCAUCUCAGAUUAAGUGUGCGUCCAAAUAUGGCUUAAUUAACACUGUACAUAUAUGUAAGGAUCCAGUGAAGAUGCUGCUGCUGUAGCCAAGGCAUCAUGGGCUGUAAGUGCGUCUGGUACUCCCUCCGUCCGCAAAUACUUGUCAUCAAAAUGAAUAAAAGGGGAUGUAUCUAGAUGUAUUUUAGUUCUAGAUACAUCUCUUUUUGUCCAUUUUGAUGACAAGUAUUUUCGGACAGAGGGAGUAUAACGUAAAGUAUUGGAUGAUGGAAUGCAUUCUUUUUUCCAAAAAAGAGGGUUUAUACUCA